AAAUCAAGAGCACACGCAGUGACGCCAUGGAAUCGGAAGACUUGUUCCUAGGUGCCGAAUCAUUAAUCAAUCAACCCCCCGCCCCUGAACCACAGCGACCAUGCUGAUCUCCUAUAAAUUACCAGCUCCCUCCAUGCUGUAGCCAUAUCGUCCCUUGAAGAACAGCUCUUGGAGCUUAAUUAGAAACCAAGUCGAGCUAGCUAGCCAUGGCUAUCCGUCGUCUAUUCCUGUUUAUUUCUAUGCUGUUGGCUAUGGCAUGCUCUUGUGCCAUCGCUUCAGACCCGAGCCUUCUCCAAGACUUCUGUGUUGCAGACAAGACGUCUCAAGUUCGCGUGAAUGGAUUUGCCUGCAAAGAUGCGAAGGACGUGGUGGCCGAGGACUUCUUCUUCUCGGGCCUUCACAAGGCCGGCAACACCAGCAACCGGCAGGGCUCCGCCGUGACGGCAGCCAACGUGGCGCAGAUCCCGGGGCUGAACACGAUGGGGAUCUCCAUGGUCCGCAUCGACUACGCUCCCAAGGGACUCAACCCGCCUCACACGCACCCGCGCGCCACCGAGAUGCUGGCCGUGCUCGAGGGAUCGCUCUACGUUGGCUUCGUCACCUCCAAUCCGAACAACACGCUCGUCUCCAAGGUUCUCAGCAAGGGCGAUGUGUUCGUGUUCCCCAAGGGCCUUGUCCACUUCCAGUACAACUAUGGCACGGACAGUGCUGCGGCUCUUGCCGCCUUGAGCAGCCAGAACCCUGGGGUGAUCACUGUUGCCAACACAGUAUUUGGUUCCGAUCCAUUGAUAUCAGAUGAUGUCCUUGCCAAGGCCUUUCAGGUCGAUCAGAAGGCAGUUAACUGGAUUCAAGCUCAGUUCUAAUUUUUUUUUCUCUGGUCGGGUGUGCAUGUUUGAUUCGAUCUCGUCUUAUUAUAUGAACUAUUUUUUUCCUCUACUUCCCCUUUGUAAUGUAUCUUUAAGCUGUUGUAAGUUCAUUUACGCUUGUCAGAUGUGUUGAGAAAUGUAUCCCUUGUUUGCAAAAUGAAUGUAAUUUACUUCAUGGUCGAU